AAGGUGAAAAAAAAAACAAAAAACCAAAAUAAUCUGAGGGGCGGCCAUCUUGCCUGUGCUCGUUCAGGACAGAGUGGAAGUGAGGACGAGACGAACCCAGCGGGGAGCACCGAUCCUCGGAUGUUUAUCUCGGUCCACUCCGGGCUCAUUUACGCUAACGGAGGCCUGUGUGGUUCUGUUUGCGGUUUGUGGUUCACCUCCUCGGUAUCCAGGCAGGAAACCACUCCGACUUUUAGCUUCGGAGCUAAGCUAACAGCUAGCCGGGCCAGCUAGCUGUCCGGUGACCGAGCUGUGGUCGUCAGAGGCGGCUCAACGGCGGCAGCUUCGCUCGGUGGACUCUGACCUCGGAUCUUAUUUCACACGUUAACAUGUUGUGAACACGGUCGGUUGAGCUGUGUGGAGACAAAGUGGAGGUUUGUGUAUCUGCAGCUAACGGGAGUUAGCGACGGUUAUUUAGCUCGACUUAAUCCCGCUUCAGAAAUCAGUGCAAACCGAUGAAAAUGUGCAGUUUGACACCAGAGAAGAAGAAGAAGGCUGUUUAUCUGCUGCAUGCUGCACACACCCGGACUGUCACACGCCAACAAUGACUUUAACUUUAGCCGUUAUUACACCGUGAAGAAACACCGUUUGAUCCCAAAGUCAGCUGAUAUAAACGGCUGUGUCCGCCUCUCUCACCGGGCCUGUCCUCACACACACCGGUUACAUCUGCAGCUCCGUGUCCUGGAAAUGUGUCAUAUUUUAUCACGGUAAACCGGGACUGCAUCAGAUGUGUAGCCGGUACUCGGUGUCCUCUACACGGAGCAGUUAAAGGGACGUGAGAAUCCACGUUGGGAUUAACAGUAAAAUUAAGAAUUCCUGUCUUUGGAUCCACAAUGGGAUCAGCCACCAAACUGGCCUUCAGUGUCUUCCUCAUCUCCUGCUCCUCAGGUGCCAUCCUGGGCCGCUCAGACACUCAGAAGUGCGUCCACUACAACUACAGCCCUUCCUCCUCCUCCUCCUCCUCCUCGUCCUCCUCAGCGUUGGGGAGUCGGGGGAACCUCAGCGGGGUGGUCACCUGCUCCGGAGAGAAAGAUAAGAGACUUCACUGCUUCGCCACCUGGAAGAACGUCUCUGGAGUGGUUCAGGUGGUCAAACAGGGCUGCUGGCUGGACGAUGUCAACUGUUACGACAGGAGUGAAUGUGUGGAGAGGAAAGAUGCUCCUGAAGUCUUCUUCUGCUGCUGUGAAGGAAGUUUGUGCAACGACAAGUUCUUCUACAGCCCUGACAGCUACCUGCCACCAGUAACAACGACGAACAAACCAGUGACUCAGAAGACUCCAGUGCUGACCACUCUGAUGUACUCGCUGGUUCCCAUCAUGGCUGUAACCGCCAUCGUCCUCAUCUCCUUCUGGAUGUACCGUCACCACAAACUGGCCUACCCACCUGUCCUGGUGCCCACACAGGACCCCGGCCCGAUGCCCCCCUCCCCCAUCCUGGGUCAGAAGCCACUGCAGUUACUGGAGAUCAAAGCCAGGGGGCGCUUCGGCUGCGUGUGGAAGGCUCAGCUGCUCAGUGAAUAUGUGGCUGUCAAAAUCUUCCCCAUCCAGCACAAGCAGUCGUGGCAGAACGAGUACGAGAUCUUCAACCUGAACGGGAUGAGACACGAAAACCUGCUGCAGUUCAUGGGAGCCGAGAAGAGAGGGAAUAACAUGGAGCUGGAGCUGUGGCUCAUCACCGCCUACCAUGAGAAGGGUUCUCUGACAGACUACCUGAAGGCCAACGUCCUCUCCUGGUCUGAACUGUGCCUCAUCGCUCAGUCCAUGUCGCGAGGUCUCGCCUAUCUGCACGAAGACAUCCCUGGACACAAGGACGGACACAAACCUGCCGUCGCACACAGGGACUUUAAGAGUAAGAACGUGCUGCUGAAGUCAAACCUGACCGCCUGCAUCGCUGACUUUGGCCUCGCUCUCAGGUUUGAGGCAGGGAAAUCUCCUGGAGACACACAUGGACAGGUGGGGACCAGGAGGUACAUGGCCCCGGAGGUCCUGGAGGGAGCCAUUAACUUCCAGAGAGACGCCUUCCUGAGGAUAGACAUGUACGCUGUGGGUCUGGUGCUGUGGGAGCUCGCCUCGCGCUGCAAAGCUGCAGACGGUCCGUUGGACGAGUACAUGCUGCCGUUUGAGGAGGAGGUGGGUCAGCAUCCGUCUCUAGAGGACAUGCAGGAGGUGGUCGUCCACAAGAAGCUGAGACCAACGCUCAGAGAGUGCUGGCAGAAACAUGCUGGUCUGGCGGUGCUCUGUGAGACCAUCGAGGAAUGCUGGGAUCACGAGGCUGAAGCUCGGCUGUCGGCCGGCUGCGUGGAGGAGCGCGUCGUUCAGAUGCAGCGGCAGACGAGCGUCACGGGGCCAGAGGAGAUCGUCACGGUCGUCACCAUGGUUACCAACGUGGACUACCCGCCUAAAGAGUCGAGCCUAUGACGAGGCGGAGGACCAAUCAGAAUGGAGCAGGGACUCCCUCUGUGAGCGGCUUCGGUCUCUGACCGGACACUCAGGUGACCUGCUGGGCGGUCAGGUGACCUCCGGUUGCAGGUGAGCCUCAGACUGAUGAGGACAACAUGGCGGAGAGUCUCUCUCUCUCUCUCUCUCUCCGCAGGGUGAGCCACACUGAUGUCCACCCUCUGACAUCAGUUCCUGUUUUGUAUUACAAAAUAAAAGACUUCCUGGACAGAGUUUUUCUACGAGAUAAUGUGACGUUUGAGAAUAAAAAGGGCGACUGUAGUUUUUAGACACAUGCUGUUCUCCGUUUGUCUGAAUGAUGCCAACAACAAACAGCUUCUGAAUGUCUCUAUCACUGCUGUAUAUAAAUAUACAGAUUAUUAUUAUUAUCAUAUAUAUAUAUACAGAUAUAUUUACAUCGUCAGCUGAGAGUUUAAUAAUCAGGUUAUUGAUCCAGACGGAUCUUUCGUCAGACGUUUGCUCGUUGAGGAGAAAGUGGAGUCGACACUGACGGAGUUGGAAGAUUGUAACGUUUAAUGAACUAAAGUCAAAGAAAUAACAAGAAAUAUAACAAAUAUUCAGCCUUCGUUUAUUUAUUAAUUAAAGUAUGAUCACAGUUAAGAACAGAGGUUGGGUAUCGUUUAGUUUUCUCUGAUACUGCUGCUAAAACCAUUAAAAAACAAUGUUAAGGACGUGAAAGAAGUUUUAUUACAAAGGCAAAUAAAACUUAAAACUAAACGAGUUAAUAUAAAUAUGUAGGAAUAAAAAACACUAUUAACAAACUCACACCAUUAACAAAAGAAAUCUAAACACUAAGAACAGUUACAACAGAGUUGGGAUCAAAAACUCGCAGCUGAGAUCGUCGCUACAAUAAAAAAACCUGCUCCACCUUAACAGCCUGGUCAGGUUCCAGCACUUCUGGCACAGACUUCUCUGUGGUGAUUGGACACGCUGUGUUCAGGUCGUACAGGAAGCGGUUCAAUGUUUUAGCACCUAUGCUAAUUAAUAAUGUUGAAGGCAAACCAGUGUUUUAUUCUGUAAAUUAAUUCUCCUUUAACGAGACUUUAUUUUUCAGAUUCAACAUUUAAAACGUCAGAAAAACUGGUCUGUUUAUGAAACUUCUGAGACGUUUGAGAAACUGAACUUUUGUAAAGUGCCGUCACUCUGCUGCAACAAACUGCAUUAAAGAAUCAGUCUGUUCCACUGUCGAAACAUUAAUCAAUAAAUGUGAUUAAUACGUCUUCUUAAAUAAAUAAAUAUCACAGUUAAGAUUCAAGAAAACACUAAGGAUUGAUUAUUUUCAAUCCGUCAGUAAGAGUCUGAAAACUGUCACAUAUUUCACUGUUUUAUUUAUUAAAUUACUCAUCAUGAGGAUAAUGAUCAAUAAUCAGUCGUGUUUCACUUUAUUUUAUUGAUUUUAAAAGUGAAAUCAUGUCUGAUUUAAAAGUUUCUCCGUAUUCAAAAUCAAAUCAUGUUUUUUAAUGACUUGUGUCGAGUUUGUUCAGUUUGAGAUUGAAGUCCUUCAGAUUUAAAGAUUAAAUGUGUCGAGAAGAAAAAGAUUAGAAAGUGAAACACUAAAGAUGAAUAAUAAAUAAAGAUGAGUUAUAAAUAAAUCCUGGUCAGGUUUGCAGUGAAUAUUAAAAGCAUGACUUUAUUACUUUACUUUUAUUUUCUAAAAAUCUCUGUUUGGUUACUUCCUGUUUGUGGUUUGUUCUGACAAAAUAAAGUUUUUAACAUCUUAAAAAAAUUCAUUAAUAUAUAUGUUUUAUUCUGAAUUGAUUGUAACGAGUAUCAGGAUGAAUUUCUAAAGUCGUCUGGACAAAAAACAAAUAAUUUGAACCUGAAAAGCCAAAACACAAAUAAUUAUUUCUAAACUGAAUCUGAAAGAUAUGAAGAAAUGUAAAUUAUAAAAAUUGAACUUGUAGAUUAUAAAUAAUUAAACUGGAGGACAGAAAGAAAUGUAAGAAAUGUAACUGGAGGAUAUAAAGAUGUAAAAAUUAUAAAUAUAUAAAGUUUUAUCAAAGAGUUGAAUUUAUUGAUUUUGUAUUUUGACUCUUCCGAUGAUGUUUGUCGGCUCCGUUUGUUUUCUAAACGUCUCAGGAAAGAUGUUGUCUGUCCCGCCGCUCAUUACCCAGCAGGCCUUUCUCUGCUUUGAAUCGGCGUCACGUUCAUGUCUCUUUAUUUCGGAAGAUGAACAAGUUGAUAUUGUCUCUGUUUAAAACUGGAAAAGUUUGAAUUUGGAACAAAACAAUCUGCUGACUUUUAGUCGCAGCUCGAAAUCGUUGCGUCUCUGAUUUUUGAACGAUGAAGUCUUGGUGACGUGAUCGAACGUGACGUUCAGUGGUCGUCUUGUGUAAAUUGUAAAUCAGAGCGUCAGACGAAUCCACUAUGAACCACAAAUAGAGAUGUUCAGGGACCCAUAGGAAAUCAGAAGACUUUGACCUUUUCACCUCGCUGCAGUCUGAUUUUAUAAAAGCUCUAGCAGAGCGUCGUCACACUGGUCUCCAGUCUGACGGUCUGCUCCUCCUCCUCCUCUUUCUUCUUCUUCUUCUUCUCUCAGUGUUUUUAAAGACCAAGUGUUCAUAUUCAGACAGAAGAAGAAGUCGUUAUCUGACAGGAAGCCAAACGACGGAACAGUUUGUACAUAUGAAUGUUGAUUUUAGCAUGAGUUUGUUUUUUAAAAAAGAUAAAAAAAAAUCUUUAUAAUGUUAAUAUGACAGAUAGAUUUUAUAUGACGAUGAUGAUGAUGAUGAUGGUACUGUACAAAUGAUAAACUAUCUGGGUUUUAUGUUGAAAACUCACAACACUAACUUCCUGUGGAGGAAGAUGUGCGUGCGUGCGUGUGUGUGUGCGUGCGUGUGUGUUAGAUACCUCAGACUUCCCUGCUGGUGCUCACCUCACGACAUCAUCAUGACAUAAUUGUGACAUCAUCCUUCUUCUUCUCCGUCGUCGUUCAGGGCGACGACACAAAUCUGACCCUCAGCUUCUCCUUCAGUUUCCUGUUUGGUUUUAUUUCAAUGUUUUAUUUCACUUCAUUAUUUUGGUUCUUUGAACGUUUGGAAACAAAAAGUGAACUGAGAGAGCGUCACGUGUUUUAUUGUCUUAAAUCUACGAAGGCGACAGCUGGAGGCAUCGUCGCGUUACGACCAGAGAGGUGUCGGAAUUAGGAGAAACAUAAUCUGAGUAAUAACAAGGGCUGCUCCUGACUGAGAAUUUUCCUAGUCGACCAACAGUCGUCAUUUAGGGCCAUUAGUCGACUAGUUGCCGCAUGUUUACGAUACUAAUGUAAUGAUUAAAUGAUAUAUUUUGGUGGUUUGAGUUGAAGGUGUGAGAAAGAACAGUAUCAGUAACAUUGUUAACCGCAGGUACCAGCCCUGGAAAUUAACCUGACUCCUGUCUGACUGCUGAGCGUAGACACUUCCUGUGUCUGUCCUUUCAAAUUAAAGUCCCAUAUGGUCCAGUCAUAUAGGUUUUGAUUUAUUUUGACAAGGUGCACCUUCUAAUAGAGUUUCAUAUUUGGCGACUAAGCAACCAAUGAAAUCUCGCCGACUAAUGACCUUUUUGUUCAACGUUUGGUCGACCAUUAGGAGGCAGCCCUACUAAUUAUAAAGUUUGGUGGUUUGUUUUAUAAGAGUCCGUUACGACGUGACGCCUCCAGCUUCCUGUUCUUUGGUGAAUUGAAUUCUCGUCUAUGAAAUGUGUCUGAGUCGCUGAGUCUGAAUAAAUCUUUCAAACAUGAUGUUGAAGAUUUUCUUUUGUUUAUUAUUCAUUAUGAUUAUUAUUGUUCUAAUGAUUAUUAUUAUUAUCCAUGACAGAGUUGGGAUGUGGUGCUGCUGCUGCUUGGUGUGAUGGAGCUGAACUCAGAUCUGAACUCACGGUCCAGCAGGUCAAAGGUUAACGACUCAUUUAGUUUAAUCUGUCAGUUUUUUAUUUUGCAGUUUGAUGACAGACGGUAUACGACUGCAGCUUUAAAUAUAAAACUUAACAAAAACAGUAAAAUAUUUUGUUACUGAUAAAAAUUAAAUGACCGACAAAACUAUGAAAAGUUUCCUUUUGAAUAAAAACUAAAAGUCUGUCUCAAUUUGAAUUCAUAAAAAUAAUAAUAAGUUUGGUUUUCUUAACCUGCUGGACUGUGCAGUUCAGGUUGUUUUCAGUCUCCACUUAUAAAUAAACAAUAAAUAAAUAAACAAAGCAGCAGUGUUUAUGGAUGUUGAGGAAUAAGUUUGUUUGUUUUAUAUUCAAAAUGAAAAUAUUGAUGUUUGUAUUUAUUUCAGUAUAAACUGAUCCCUGAACAAUGCGUUCACUGUCUGUCAGCAGUUUCUGUUCUUUCUAUUUAACAGUUUGAGGGCUGGACGUUUGUUGAAUAUUGUAAAUAAAGUACAGUGAAUGCAUCCUGCAUCUGCA